UCAUUCACAGAUUUUUUUGAGGUGUUGUGUUUUUUGCUGUGCGAUCCGUAGCAUUUUUCGAUUUUUAUGAGAAAAUUUAAGUGAAGCACUACUUUGAUACUAAAGCUUGAAAUCCUGCAAUUAUCCUAGGUGACGAUGUUUUCGUGAGUUGAAAGUAUUCCCUUCAAUUUGAUGGAGUUGAAGGUUUGGGUUGAAGGGAUACAAAGGAUUGUUUGUGGGGUCACCGAGACUACCACUUGCCAGGAUGUAGUUUUUGCGUUAGCUCAUGCCACUGGAAAAGUGGGCAGAUUCACAUUGAUAGAGAGAUGGAGGAACAAUGAGCGGCUGCUGGCGCCCCAGGAGUACCCCCUAAAGAUUCUCAUGAAAUGGGGUGAAUAUUCAAAUGACAUUCAGUUCAUACUCAGACGAUCAGAGUCAGGCAACAAUCAGAAGAUAUUACAAAAUCAAAACAAUCACUCUAGAUCUCCUAUUGGAAAUGGGGGCCACAACACAUCAAACCCAAACAUGCUGGACAGCCAUAACUCGCCAAACCGAAUGAACACCACACCACCGUAUAAUAAUAACAAUAGUAAUAACACAUCCCCUGGGAAUCCCAUUGGUGUUGUGAAAGGCAUCCAGCAAGCAAAGACUCCAGAGUCACAUAGUCCAGUCCUUAAAGAUGUCCCACCUUACAGAGAUCCCCCACCGCCGUACCGAUCGCCACCGCCACCGGCACAAACCUCACGCAAAUCACCAAACCCUUCAAGAGGGAACCCUCGCCAGACCCCCAUGUCUCCAGUGAACGUCACAGAAGACCCCGACCGGGGCCCGGAGGCUGUCAGCUACAACACCCAGUAUAAGGAGCUGGUGUCACUUGUAAAUUUUCAGCGAGAGAAGCUUUCUUGCCAGCAGGCUGAUAUGAUUAAGUACGACGCGGAGAUAGGCUACUGGGAGACGAAGGGGCGCGAGCAGGACCGGCAGGUGGAGCUGCUGCAGCAGCAGAUCAGCUCCGCCGACAGCCAGCUGCGCAUCAGCACGGAGCAGGUGCAAGCAUUAACCUACGUAGAGGAAGAGAGCGAGAUAGCCAAACAGAAAGAGAAGACGCUAAAGUCGGAGAUAGUCCUAGUACGGAGCAAACUGGCCAACUGUGAGACUGAGCUGCUGCAGUGCAAGAACAAGAUCCGCAAACUGAUGGAGGACAUCCACACCGAGCAGCGUCUGGGCGCGAGGCCGCAGGAGAACCGACAAGCGCUGGAGCGGUCGAUGCUGGCGGAGGUGGAGAGCCUGCAGAGCCAGAUCCAGCAGGCGAAGCACGCCACCGAGAUCAACCACCUCACCGCCGAGAACCUCAAGCGAGAGGUGGGCGUCUUAGAGAGUGCUAUAAUGGAGAAGAAGCGGCAAGUGGAACGCCUCGUGCAGGAGAUGAAGGAGGCCAACCUGCAGAGCCUCAGCGGCAGCGUCGACGAGCUGAGACACCCUCUGGACGGUCUCUGUAAGGCCGGCAGCGCCCGCCGAAUCAUCGGUUCUCCGCGACAGCUGGAGAACGCAGCCCCCACCAAUAAAAACCCGCACGGAGUGUGGGUUUAAAGUAUUAACGUAUUUAAGUAUUAGUAGAAGUAAUAUUUCUGUCGAUGACCUUUUGUUCUAGCUACACGAUUCACCUUUUAAUUAAAGUUUACGCAAAAUAGAUAAGCUAAAAUCUGAUUGGCCAGAGAAUCCGCCAUUUUGUUGGGCAAUGGCGCCAAUAACUCGGUGCUUAUUUAGUAGGUAAUAGAUUUGCUAUAGAAUGCUCUCAGAGUUAUGUUUUACCUUAUAGUUUUAUAAUAAUCUAUAUUAGCAUUUAUUUUAACAGCCCGAAUGUGCCAUGUAUCAGUCAUGUUUGAUAAAGCCUAUUCGAAUAGGAUAGGACAUCCUAUUCAAUAUUAUGCUUUUUUGUGUCCUGCAAAUAUCGUCCGCAUGCCUGUUCUAAUAGGGCCCUUUUACUAAAAUCCUAGUGCUAGACAAAAGACAGAUUGUGUGACUCGUUAAUAUUACUUCGAAUGUCUCAAGAUUCUAGAGUAGGUAUAGGCACUUCAAUCACCGCCUCCAAAAAUGUGAUG